AUGUCUCAGGCCCAGGCAGCAAUCUUGUCAGAUUCUCCUGCGAUUAUCAACCAUAAAGGAGAUGUCUCACCUCAGAUAUCUGCAUGGUCAAGCAAGUUGCUACCGGUAGAUGCAGUGGAGAAGACUCCUGAGGCUGCUAGUUCACAAAAGAAAGAAAGAUUGUGUGCUCAGCAUCAGGAGAAAUGGAUCAACACCCAGGAGCCUGAAAACAAAGAAACUUCCUAUGGCCCUUCCAGUCUUCAAGAUUCCUUUCGCUCACAUUUUAGUUUUAUCCAGCUCUCACUAAAUUCAGCCUCUGAAGCCACUGCAGGUGCAUCAGGAAGUAGGGAAUCUAAAGAAACUGUGCAAUUUGGUGGAGUAGAGAAAACAGAAAAUAUUAAUUUUCAUCUACCUGGAGAAGUCCAAAGGAUUUCACAAACGGAACUGUGGGCUUCAUGUAACUCCCUGUGCAAUGAAGUUGGUACCUGUCUGUCGGAAGCUGCCGAGGAUGACAUUUUGCAGGACUGUGGGAGGCUCUCACCUUUCCACACAAAUAAUGCAUUCUCUUCUUCCAUGGAUUCUUUAGAGGCAACAUCUGCUGAUUCUUCGGUGACUUCAGGCUAUGAGAGUUGUGGCAUUGCUAGUGACCACAGUUGGGAUUUUCUGAUGAAGGAGUAUGAACCAGUACUACAGGAAUGUUUGUUGGGCAAUCGAUGUUUAGUAAAGAUAAAAUCCUUGAUGAGAAAACUUCAGAAGCUUCAGGAGAAAGCAGUAGCUGAGGAUGACUAUGAGAAAGCUGAUAAAUUUAGAAGAAGACUUGAGGAGCUGCAUAAAGAGAAAAGUUGGCUGAAUUUUCAGCUUCCUUCACAGCAUCCUUCCGUUAGCAGCUUCUUGGACAAAAUCAGAGUCUACAUUCAAAUGAUAUUGUAUGAGGGAGUUCAUAAGGAAAGGAAACAUCUCCCAGAAAAAAGUCAUCAGAAGAUAUUAAGCCUUCCUUAUCAUGAAAAGAUACAGGUUCCAGUUACAAAAUGGGAUCAGCUGCUUGAGGAAAAGAAGUGGAUACAGAAAGAAAUUGAAGUUCUUAGAGCAAAGCUGGUUGUUCUGGAAGCUAAAGAUCAACAGUUAAAGAUAGAAAUUCAAGAACAAGACCGCCAUAUUCAUGAGCAAGAUUAUGAACUGUCUACUUUGCUCAGCUGGGUGUCGCUCAAAGAACUGCAGACAAUUGGCAAAGCCUUGGCUGAUAUUUUGGUGGCCUCCCAUAAUAUUCCAUAUAGCUUGGAUUUUCCAGAACCCAUCAAAAGGCUUCAAGAAAAAAUGCAGUCCCUUAAUAUAUCGAUGACAGAAACUGCUGCUGAAGUAUGUACUAGUCAGAGGCUCUGCAGUAUGUUAAGGAAAAAAGUGAGACACAUUGAGAUUCAACUUCCAGCUCUUCUUGAAACGAAAAUGCUUGCUGCAUCAGGAGGUAAUUUCUGUACUGCUAAAGAUCUUGCAGUAGAAAUUCAAUCACUAACGGCUGAAAGAGACUGCCUGAAAGGGCUGCUCAGUAAAUGGUCAACUCUGAAUGCCCAAAAUAUCCAAAAACUAGAGAGAGUGAAAGAACGUUACAAGAGACUGAAGGAAGAAACAGAGCAAGAAGAGUUUGCGUUUGGUGAGUAGAGCAAUUUGCCAGCUCUCGGGGUGACGGAGGUCUGCCAUUUUUAUGCAGGAUGACAUCUAGGGUUCUGCUUCAUUUGACAAGCAAUAAUGUAAUUUAUAUGAUGUUCUAAAGAAAGCUCUCUGAACGGCAAUUCUUCCAGGAGCUUUGACGUAUACCACAUCUUAAGGGCUGUCAGCUUCUGUCCCUGUCAUUUAUGAGUGACUUUUUUUGGCUUGCUUUGUA